UCAAAUAUAAUUUUUUUUUUCUAAAUAAAAAAAAAUGGCCCGAAUGAACCGCCCUGCUCCAGUGGAGAUAACCUACAAAAACAUGAGAUUUCUAAUCACCCACAACCCCACUAAUGCAACCUUAAAUAAAUUCAUAGAGGAACUUAAGAAAUACGGAGUUACUACAGUUGUAAGAGUGUGUGAAGCCACCUAUGAUACUGCCCUAGUGGAAAAAGAAGGAAUUCAAGUUUUGGACUGGCCUUUUGAUGAUGGUGCCCCACCUUCUAGUCAGAUUGUAGAUGACUGGUUAAACCUUCUGAAAGCUAAAUUCCGUGAAGAACCUGGCUGUUGUAUUGCAGUCCAUUGUGUUGCUGGGCUGGGCAGAGCACCUGUACUUGUUGCCCUUGCUUUAAUUGAAUGUGGGAUGAAAUAUGAAGAUGCAGUUCAAUUUAUAAGGCAGAAGCGCCGUGGAGCCUUUAAUAGUAAACAGCUGCUUUACCUGGAGAAAUAUCGUCCUAAAAUGCGGUUACGUUUUAAAGAUCCCAAUGGCCAUCGUAACAACUGUUGCAUUCAGUAGAUGCCUCCCCUUCUAUCCAAAGAAGAAAGAGGAAAAUCAAUAUUCGACCUGACCAGGAUCUAAUGCGAACACCUGGCUGAUGUUUUAUAGGUCAAGUGAUGCUUUGGGAAUUGUGUAGGCACAGCCCUUCCAGUUAGGAAAAUGCUGAUGUCACGUAGAUAAAUGUAAUUGAGCUUGAAAUAUUUGCUUAUUUGUGGGGUUUUAUUUUGAAGUCCCUUCUUAAUACUAAACGUAUGUAAUCAUGCAGUCAUAAAAACAAAUAGUUCAUUUCAGCUUCCCAAACAUGUAUCAAUGACAUGAAUGACAAUGCCAAAACACCCAACAUUUAUUUUUAUUUUUUAAAUAGUGCAAUACAUGUCAGUGGUAGUUUCAUUUAUAUAGUGGUCACUUUGACCCAGAGUUACAAUAGUUUCCGUAUUUAUCGGCAUAUAAAGUCUGCGUGUUAUACGCCGAUAAGCCGCUGCAGUUCAAUAAUUUAAAGCGGGCGCUUUAAAUCAAUGAACUGCAGCGGCUUUGCAGGUGCAAAGACCACCAGCGCUGCCGGCUUCUCUGCCCCUGCCUGUCCUGGGGUCUAGAGCCCUGCUGCUGGCCCUUCUCUCCCCCUGGCUAUUGGCACCGCUGCCCUUUCUCUCCCCCUGACUAGCGGUGCCAGCGCCCCAUUGCCGGUGCCAAUAGCCAGGGGGAGAGAAGCUGCGCGGGCAGUGGCGCCUACAGACAGGGGGAGAGAAGGGGCAGCGGCACCCAUCCCCAGUUGCAUAAUUACCUGUUGCCGGGGUCGGGUCCUCGCUACUUCAGGCCUCUGGUGUGCGUCCCCUGCGUCAUUGCUAUGCGCCGCGCAUAGCAACGACGCAGGGGACGCACACCGGAGGCCUGAAGCAGCGAGAACCCCACCCUGGCAACAGGGAAUUAUGCAACCCGGGGAUGGGGGAGGCAACGGGGCAGCGGCGCCGGCCAUGGGUGCUGCUGCCCCUUCUCUCCCCCUGGCUAUCGGCGCCGGCACAGAUAGCCAGCUGGAGAGAAGCGGCGGCAGUAGGGCUCUAGACCCCAGGAAAGGCAGGGGAGAGAAGCGGGCAGCGACGGCCUCUCUCCCUCUGCCUUUCCUGGGGGUGUAUCGGGGGUAUACACAUACACACGCACCCUCAUUUUACCAAGGAUAUUUGGAUAAAAAAUGUAUUUUGCCCAAAUAUCCUUGGUAAAAUUAGGGUGCGUGUUAUAGGCCGGUGCGUGGUAUACCCCGAUAAAUACGGUAAGUCUUUUCUGGACACUAACUUGAAACUGUAAUCAACAUGAUGCUACAGGCGAUCUAGAGCUGCGCAAUGUGUCAAUGGCUGGAAGAUCAGUGGUCAUGUAAAAGCUUUUAAUGUAGCUCAUACAGUGGGUGUCUAGUAGUGCCUCUACUGCUCACUACCUUUGCAAGGAUGAGCUGUUCCUUAGAACACUGGGUGUUAUCUAUCUUGGACACUGGAGGAGAUUUAUCAAAACCUGUCUAGAGGAAAAGUUGCUGAGUUGCCUAUAUAAACCAAUCAGAUUGCUUCUUUCAUUUGUCAGAGGCCUUUUCAAAAAUGAAAGUGAUCUGAUUGGUUGCUAUGGGCAACUCGGUAACUUUUCCUCUGGACAGAUUUUGAUAAAUCUCCACCUAUGUGUGUACUCCUGUUCUAUGCAGAGCUUUCAGAUUUUUCCUGACCAGCCAUUUCUGACUUAUAUUUUUUAAAAUGAUAUGCAGAUUGACUUGCUUUGUCACUUAUCUUCACAUUUUGCAGUUAUUUUUGGUUGACAUUUGUCAGAAUGAAUUUCUAGUUUUCCAGUUAUUGUCUCAACAUACAAUAUAUUAAGGUUACAAUGUUUGUCCUGGAACCAAUUCAUAUUGAAGGAGAUUUAUCAAGGUCUGUAGUAGAUUUAAUUUUUUGUGUAAAAAAAAAAAAAAGUUGCACGUACUUGCGAACGUGCAACUUUUCUAUACAUGGUGCGAAGUUUUGAUUUCUGCUUAUUCCAAAGCACAUUUCUGAAAUCUCCAUGUAAAUUUUUCUUUUUUUUUUUUUUACUUUGCAGUGGUUAUGUAUUUAUCAAAUGCAAUAGUCUCUAGUAGAGUUGAGCGAACUUACAGUAAAUUGGCUUUCCAAGGGCUCUGAUUGCCUGGAAAAGCCCGGGAUGACAGUCUUAGGUCUCCUAGGUCUGUAUCCACCUUUUCCAGGCAACUGGAACCCUUGGAAAGCUGAACUAAUUUAUGCAGACUAAAGUAAUCAACAGCUGAGCUGCAAGGUUCGCUACGAGCCAAUUUACUGUAAGUUCGCUCGACUCUAGUCUCUAUUUAUGAAGAAAAGUCGCAUAUGUAUUCCAGGUCCAACCUAAGUGCAUACAUCUGCAGAAAAGGACAUUAACACCCACUUUAACAACUGUUCUUGUUCUGCAUCAUGGAACAUGAACAUUUAUUAUAUAACUAAUAACUAUUUAAGAUUGAAAAUGCAAACUGCACACCUUGUUAAUUUUAGGACACAUACAUGCUGGUGUACCCACUAAAUAAAAAAAUUGUUGUGUUAAAAUGGAAUAUAAAGAAUUUUUGGACUACGUAAAUAACCCAUAUGUGGCACAAAAAUUUGUUCCUUAAAAAAAUCCAUAGUAAUACAGCUUUGUGCACAUUUUGGGGUGGCUAACGUACUGAUUUAAAAAAAAAAAAGUUGUGGCUUCUAUUCAUGUGCCUGUUGGUGCUGCGCUGUUUUCCUUCCGGACGCAAACUCCGGCCUCAGCGCAGCAAGACUCUGCCCACCAACGUCACAAAAUGCGGGCUCAAAAUUAAACAAAAAAGCCUCCAUAGUACGGAUAUUCGUGGUGUGGCAUUGUAUGUUUUUUAUAUUUUUUUUAAUUUCUGAGGGUGGAUGGGUUGUUGCGGGAUAGUUGGAGUGCAGCUAUUUAGUGCCAGUCAGGGUGUCACCCGAUGCUCCCCGUCACACUCUAUCUACCCUUCAUUACAAGUAGCGUUGCUAAAGAACUUCAGCUAAUAACAUAAGGGAAAACUCUUCUGCUUCAAAAAAAUGCUUUUGUAAGUGGGUUUCCAAGGUUUUGCUUACGUGCAAUUUAUUUAUCAAGGCAAUGCGACUAUUUGAUAGAUACAUUUUUCUUUUAAUUGCCAUACGUUUUGAAAAGUGAUCAAUCUCCUUCAAUGUAACUCAAGUGACCACUGUAGUUUAAAACAUGUUGCCUGAAUAUUUGCUGCCUGCUCACUGUAUGUUUACAUCUUCCUCCCACAUUUGCUGGAAAAUUGGAGCUUGCACAGGUCACUGGUGUGCAAGUUUUUUUAUUUUCCUUUUUAGAACAUUGCCAAUCAUGCAUUAAGUAGGCUUUAUGCCAUAUAAUUUCUGUUCUGUAAAAGCACACCAACCAUACUGUAGCAGUCUCCAGACAAAGCCUUACUGUUUAAAUUAAUGUCUGCACCUUAUGGUGCACCUUACAUGGAGGACCUUGGUGUAUUUUUAUUUUAUAGUAAAAUGUUGCCUUUUGUCUUGUGCAGGAAGUGUAGAAUAUGCCAUUUUCUUCCGUAACUUUUUAAACAAAAUGUAGAUGCUUUACCGUAGCUGGAUUCUUAACGUUUCUGAAAGGUCCUUUCUUUAACUGUACAUUUGGACAAUUUUCCGACAAUUGACUUGUGAAUUAUUUCAUUUCCCUCUGUCUGCUUUUGCGAAGGCAGCUCUCAAUGUCUGUAAUAUUUUGUAUGCCUUUUGAGCUGUGUAAUAUUUGGAUACUUGAUUUUUGUUUUAUUAUGUAAUUGAUAAAAGUGAUCUGUAUCAGUGUUAGCUCAACCAUAUAUUUAUACAGUCUUGAAUGUGUGGUGUUAGUACUGUGGGAGAAUAAGUUACCAGUGUUUCACCAGCUUGUAAAAUGUAGUAUGAAAGCCUAAACCUCUAAAUAAAGGAUACAAAGUCUGAUGCUUAAUUGGGCUUGUCCUAUGCAUGGA